GGAGGAGGUGGUUCGAUGGCCUGGAGCUGCGAGUGCCGGGGGGCCCAGACGGCGGCGGCGGCCGCGCCGCGGCUCAAGAAAUUCGCCAUCUACAGAUGGGACCCCGACAAGGCCGGGGACAAACCCCGCAUGCAGACCUACGAGGUGGACCUCAACAAGUGUGGGCCCAUGGUGCUUGAUGCUCUGAUCAAGAUUAAAAACGAGAUGGACUCCACCCUGACCUUCCGCAGGUCCUGCAGGGAAGGCAUCUGUGGCUCCUGUGCCAUGAACAUUGGAGGGGGGAACACGCUGGCCUGCAUCAAAAAAAUCGACUCUGAUCUCAGCAAGGUCACCAAAAUCUACCCUCUGCCCCACAUGUACGUGGUGAAGGACCUUGUCCCGGACCUGAGCAACUUCUACGCCCAGUACAAAUCCAUCGAGCCGUACCUGAAGAAGAAGGACAAGUCCAAGGAGGGCAAGCAGCAGUACCUGCAGUCCAUAGAAGACCGUCAGAAACUGGUCACUGCUUCCUUUUCCACCCUUAAAUCCCCUCCCAGAUAAGACCAGGCUUAAACC